CGGUGUCCGGCGCGGGCGGCUGCGGGCGGAGCUUCGCGAGGACCGACGCGGGGCAGUCAGACGGCGGCAGCCUUGGGAGGCGCCAGCGCGAGUCCGAGUCGUUCCCCGUCCGCCGCAGCUGCCGCCGCCGGGUCGUCUUCGCGCCCCGGCCUCCCGCGCUCCCGCCCUCCCCGCGCCGCGGCCCUCGAUGCGGGGCCGGGCCGCUGCGUGAUGGGGCUGCGGAGCGGCGCCCUGCGGCUCGCGGCUGCCGCUGCUCGCGCUGAGGAGCGUCGCUGUCGGGCCCCCCGCGCCCCCGCGCGCCGCGGCGCCUGCUGACCCGGCCCGUCCGUCCGCCCGUCGGUCCGCAGCGCGGCUGAGGAAACUUGAACAUAACUUCAAAAGAAGAUUUGAAGAAAGAUUUUCUUUCUGGACUGCAUAUAUAUACAUACUUAUAUAGCAAGACCGUCAGAAUGUCGGGAGCCUCAGUGAAGGUGGCUGUGCGGGUUCGGCCCUUCAAUUCUCGGGAGACCAGCAAAGAGUCCAAGUGCAUCAUUCAGAUGCAAGGCAACUCGACCAGUAUUAUUAACCCAAAGAACCCAAAGGAAGCUCCAAAGUCCUUUAGUUUCGACUACUCCUACUGGUCUCAUACCUCGCCUGAAGAUCCCUGUUUUGCAUCUCAAAACCGUGUGUACAAUGACAUUGGAAAGGAAAUGCUCUUACAUGCCUUUGAGGGAUAUAAUGUCUGUAUCUUUGCCUAUGGGCAGACUGGUGCUGGGAAAUCUUAUACAAUGAUGGGUAAACAGGAAGAAAGCCAGGCUGGCAUAAUUCCACAGCUAUGUGAAGAACUGUUUGAGAAAAUCAAUGACAACUGUAAUGAAGAAAUGUCUUACUCUGUAGAGGUGAGCUACAUGGAAAUUUACUGUGAAAGAGUACGAGACCUGCUGAAUCCAAAAAACAAGGGUCAUUUGCGUGUGCGCGAACACCCACUUCUUGGCCCAUAUGUGGAGGAUCUGUCCAAGCUGGCAGUCACUUCCUACACAGACAUUGCUGACCUCAUGGAUGCUGGGAACAAAGCCAGGACGGUGGCAGCUACCAACAUGAAUGAAACAAGUAGCCGUUCCCAUGCUGUGUUUACCAUUGUUUUCACCCAGAAGAAACAUGAUACUGAGACCAACCUUUCCACUGAGAAGGUCAGUAAAAUCAGCUUGGUGGAUCUAGCGGGAAGUGAACGAGCUGAUUCAACUGGUGCCAAAGGGACUCGAUUAAAGGAAGGAGCGAAUAUUAAUAAGUCUCUCACAACUCUGGGCAAAGUCAUUUCAGCCUUGGCAGAGGUGGAUAACUGCACCAGCAAGAGUAAGAAGAAGAAGAAGACUGAUUUUAUUCCUUACAGGGAUUCUGUACUUACUUGGCUCCUUCGAGAAAAUCUAGGUGGCAAUUCUCGAACUGCAAUGGUUGCUGCUCUGAGCCCAGCAGAUAUCAACUAUGAUGAAACUUUGAGCACUCUGAGAUAUGCAGACCGUGCAAAACAAAUUAAGUGCAACGCUGUUAUCAAUGAAGACCCCAACGCCAAACUGGUCCGCGAAUUGAAGGAGGAGGUGACGCGGCUGAAGGACCUUCUCCGUGCUCAGGGCCUGGGAGAUAUUAUUGAUAUUGAUCCAUUGAUCGAUGAUUACUCUGGAAGCGGAGGCAAAUAUCUGAAAGAUUUUCAGAACAAUAAGCAUAGGUACUUGCUAGCCUCUGAGAAUCAACGCCCUGGCAAUUUUUCCACAGCAUCCAUGGGGUCUCUCACUUCAUCUCCAUCUUCCUGCUCACUCAGUAGUCAGGUGGGCUUACCAUCUGUCACCAGUAUUCAGGAGAGGAUCAUGUCUACACCUGGAGGAGAGGAAGCCAUUGAACGUCUAAAGGAAUCGGAGAAGAUCAUUGCUGAGCUGAAUGAGACCUGGGAAGAGAAGCUGCGUAAAACAGAAGCCAUCAGAAUGGAGAGGGAGGCCUUGUUGGCUGAGAUGGGAGUGGCCAUUCGGGAAGAUGGAGGAACACUGGGAGUUUUUUCACCUAAGAAGACCCCACAUCUUGUUAACCUCAAUGAGGACCCACUAAUGUCCGAAUGCCUGCUCUAUUACAUCAAAGAUGGAAUUACAAGGGUUGGCCAAGCAGAUGCUGAGCGGCGCCAGGACAUCGUGCUGAGUGGGGCUCACAUUCAGGAAGAGCAUUGUGUCUUCCGGAGCGAGAGAAACAACAGUGGGGAUGUUAUUGUGACCCUAGAGCCCUGUGAACGCUCAGAAACCUAUGUCAAUGGCAAGAGGGUGGCCCAGCCCGUUCAGCUACGCUCAGGAAACCGUAUCAUCAUGGGUAAAAACCAUGUGUUUCGUUUCAACCACCCGGAGCAAGCACGGGCAGAGCGGGAGAAGACUCCUUCUGCUGAGACCCCCUCUGAGCCUGUGGACUGGACGUUUGCCCAGAGAGAACUUCUGGAAAAACAAGGGAUUGAUAUGAAGCAGGAGAUGGAGAAAAGACUACAGGAGAUGGAGAUCCUAUACAAAAAAGAGAAAGAAGAAGCAGAUCUUCUCUUGGAGCAGCAGAGACUGGACUAUGAGAGUAAGUUGCAGGCCUUGCAGAAGCAGGUUGAGACCCGCUCGCUCGCUGCAGAGACAACAGAAGAGGAGGAAGAAGAGGAAGAAGCUGCUUGGACACAGCAUGAAUUUGAGCUGGCCCAGUGGGCCUUCCGGAAGUGGAAGUCUCACCAGUUUACUUCAUUAAGGGACUUACUCUGGGGCAAUGCUGUUUACCUGAAGGAAGCCAACGCCAUCAGUGUGGAACUGAAAAAGAAGGUGCAGUUCCAGUUUGUCCUGCUGACGGACACGUUGUACUCCCCUUUGCCUCCGGAAUUACUUCCCACUGAGAUGGAGAAAACUCAUGAAGACAGGCCUUUCCCUCGUACUGUUGUGGCUGUAGAGGUCCAGGAUCUGAAGAAUGGAGCGACGCAUUAUUGGUCUUUGGAGAAACUCAGGCAGAGGCUGGAUUUGAUGCGCGAGAUGUAUGACAGGGCCGGCGAGGUGGCCUCCGGCAGCCAGGAUGAAAGCGAAGCCACCGUGACCGGCAGUGAUCCCUUUUAUGAUCGGUUCCAUUGGUUCAAACUGGUAGGAAGCUCCCCCAUUUUCCACGGCUGUGUGAAUGAGCGCCUUGCUGACCGCACGCCCUCCCCCACUUUUUCCACGGCCGAUUCCGACAUCACUGAGCUGGCUGACGAACAGCAAGACGAAAUGGAGGAUUUUGAUGAUGAGGCAUUCGUGGAUGACGCCGGCUCUGACGCAGGGACGGAGGAGGGAUCAGAUCUCUUCAGUGACGGGCAUGACCCGUUUUACGACCGGUCCCCAUGGUUCAUUUUAGUGGGAAGGGCGUUUGUUUACCUGAGCAACCUCCUGUACCCUGUGCCCCUGAUUCACAGGGUAGCCAUCGUGAGCGAGAAAGGUGAAGUGCGGGGGUUUCUGCGUGUGGCCGUGCAGGCCAUUGCAGCGGAUGAAGAAGCUCCUGAUUAUGGUUCUGGGAUUCGACAGUCAGGAACAGCUAAAAUAUCUUUUGAUAACGAGUACUUUAAUCAGAAUGACUUUUCUUCAGUUGCAAUGACUCGUUCUGGGCUGUCCUUGGAGGAACUGAGGAUUGUGGAAGGACAGGGUCAGAGUUCUGAGGUCACCACUCCUCCGGAAGAAAUCAACCGAAUGAAUGACUUGGAUUUGAAGUCGGGCACUUUGCUGGAUGGUAAGAUGGUCAUGGAAGGGUUUUCUGAAGAGAUCGGCCACCACCUGAAGCUGGGCAGCGCCUUCACUUUCCGAGUGACUGUGCUGCAGGCCAGCGGGAUCCUCCCGGAGUAUGCGGAUAUCUUCUGUCAGUUCAACUUUUUGCAUCGUCAUGAUGAAGCAUUCUCCACUGAACCCCUCAAAAACAACGGCAGAGGAAGUCCUCUGGGCUUCUAUCACGUGCAGAAUAUUGCGGUGGAGGUCACCGAAUCGUUUGUGGAAUAUAUCAAAACCAAGCCGAUAGUAUUUGAAGUCUUCGGGCACUAUCAGCAGCACCCGCUUCAUCUGCAAGGACAGGAACUGAGCAGCCCACCCCAGCCGUCUCGCCGCUUCUUCCCUCCACCCAUGCCACUCUCCAAGCCAGUUCCAGCCACCAAGUUAAACACCAUGAGCAAAACCAGCCUUGGCCAGAGCAUGAGCAAGUAUGAUCUUCUGGUUUGGUUUGAGAUCAGCGAACUGGAGCCUACAGGAGAGUACAUCCCAGCUGUGGUCGACCACACAGCGGGCUUGCCCUGCCAGGGGACGUUUCUGCUUCAUCAGGGAAUCCAGCGAAGGAUCACAGUGACCAUCAUCCACGAGAAGGGGAGCGAACUCCAUUGGAAGGAUGUUCGUGAGCUGGUGGUAGGCCGGAUCAGGAAUAAGGCUGAGGUGGAUGAGGCUGCGGUGGACGCCAUCCUCUCUCUAAAUAUUAUCUCUGCCAAGUACCUGAAGUCCUCCCACAACUCCAGCAGGCUCUUUCUUGAUAAGGAUAUCCCUAGGACCUUCUACCGUUUCGAGGCUGUGUGGGACAGCUCCCUCCAUAACUCUCUCCUUCUGAACCGAGUGACGCCCUAUGGGGAAAAGAUCUACAUGACCUUGUCAGCGUACCUAGAGCUGGACCACUGCAUCCAGCCGGCGGUCGUCACCAAGGACGUGUGCAUGGUCUUCUACUCGCGCGACGCCAAGAUCUCGCCGCCACGCUCUCUGCGCAGCCUCUUCGGCAGCGGCUACUCGAAGUCCCCAGACUCCAAUCGAGUCACUGGAAUUUAUGAACUCAGUUUAUGCAAAACGGCGGACACGGGCAGUCCAGGCAUGCAGAGGAGAAGAAGAAAAAUCUUGGAUACCUCAGUGGCAUAUGUGCGAGGAGAAGAGAACUUAGCAGGCUGGCGGCCGCGCGGGGACAGUCUCAUUCUGGAGCACCAGUGGGAGUUAGAGAAGCUGGAGCUCCUUCACGAGGUGGAGAAAACUCGCCACUUCCUGCUGCUGCGUGAGAGACUUGGUGACAGCAUCCCCAGAUCGCUGAGUGACUCGUUGUCCCCCAGCCUCAGCAGCGGGACCCUCAGCACCUCCACCAGCAUCUCCUCUCAGAUCUCCACCACCACCUUUGAAAGCGCCAUCACCCCCAGCGAGAGCAGCGGCUACGACUCGGCAGACAUUGAAAGCCUGGUGGACCGAGAGAAGGAGCUGGCUACCAAGUGCCUGCAACUUCUCACCCACACUUUCAACCGGGAGUUCAGCCAGGUGCACGGCAGCAUCAGUGACUGCAAGUUGUCUGAUGUCUCUCCUAUCGGACGGGAUCCCUCCGUGUCCAGUUUCAGCAGCGCAACCCUCACUCCUUCCUCCACCUGCCCUUCUCUGGUAGAUGCCAGAAGCAACUCUCUGGAGCAGAAGACCCCAGAAGCCAAUUCCCGGGCCUCUAGUCCCUGCACAGAAUUUGAACAGUUUCAGAUUGUCCCACCUGUGGAAACACCCUAUUUGGCCCGAGCAGGAAAAAAUGAAUUUCUCAAUCUUGUUCCAGACAUUGAGGAAAUCCGACCAGGCUCCGUGGUCUCUAAGAAAGGGUACCUGCACUUCAAGGAGCCACUUUACAGCAACUGGGCUAAGCAUUUUGUCGUGGUCCGUCGGCCUUAUGUCUUCAUCUACAACAGCGACAAAGACCCCGUGGAGCGUGGCGUCAUUAACCUGUCCACGGCUCAGGUGGAGUACAGCGAGGACCAGCAGGCCAUGGUGAAGACACCCAACAUCUUUGCCGUGUGCACAAAGCAUCGUGGGGUCCUCUUACAGGCUCUCAACGACAAAGACAUGAACGACUGGUUGUAUGCCUUUAACCCACUCCUCGCUGGCACGAUACGGUCAAAACUCUCCCGCAGAUGCCCCAGCGAACCGAAGGACUAAGUGACUGGGCUGAGCCGCCUCACUCGCCUGUGAGAGAUAAAGCAAGUGUUGCCUCUCACUUCUCUCUGUGAUUCUUGACAGCCCCUCUCGUGUGUAAGCCUGUGGAAUAACCGCUUUCCCUCCUGUCAGCGCUCUUUCUAGCUCUCCGCGCCCCCGUCUCCAUUGCUCCGUACCCUUCAUUUUUCUUGUGCUGAGAAUCGUGGUAGUAGCAUGUGGCCUAACAAAAGGGAGAAAAACAAACAAAAAAACAAAAACAACCCAGAGGGGACCCAGUGAAUCUCCAGAUUAUUUUUCCGUGUCUUUCGACUUCCUUUUGUAUAAUAGGUCCCCAUUAUGACCACCUGUGAUGUCUGUACUGCUGUCUUUGGAUACCUUUGUCUCUUUUUUAAGACCACAUAAUACUUCUUUUCCUUUUCUCUAUUUGUGAUGUCACUUUAAUUUUGGGUAGGGGGGUGGCUUAGAGACUCCAGGAGGAAACAUCUAGCUUUUUUGAGAACCUAAAAGGAAAAAACGUAGCUUUUCCCUUUCCAUCUCUUUUUGCCGUUGCAAAUCCCUGCAUUUUCCGUUCAGGGAAAAGGUGGGCAUGAGUUUAGAAACGGCACAGGUGUGUUCUCUGGAGGCGGAGCUUAUUUAGAAUGCAGUUCUGCAGUUUUCUUUUAGCAGAAGAGAGAAGGCAGGACUUCUCAGCAGGCCUGGAAUGGUGGCUACUGCUGACCUUGUAGGAAGGGAAGAGCCCAGGAUGUUCCCCGCGGAUCUGAGAGGACUGUGGGAUCUGGCGUCGUGUCGCGACGGGAGGCAGACCGGGAGAUGAGGACGGUCCUCCCAGCAGGCGCUCCUGUGAGCCACUUUUCUCUCAGAGUUUCUCAUUUUUCUUCUUGGCAUUAGCGGUGGCGGUACAGUUUGGAAUUAGUGCGGGGUCAUCCACAAAUGUCCCACAAGGGGAGAGUGACUUUCUGCUUAUGAAUUUGAUGGUCAUUGUUGUCAUUAUAAUUCUGGUAAUGCUGAGUAGUGACCUUGUGAUUGUUGUAGCUCCUUUUGAUCAAAGAAAUGUAACUUUCAAGUACAGACUUGGAAGUCUCCCUCUGAAUCCGGGGUCGUCUCCAGUGGUCCCUGUCAAAUGGAAAAUGCUUUCAGUGAUGCGCCUCCUCCCAUACUCAGAAAUAAGCAGACAUGGCAGGCUUCGCCUCCUGGAUCAAGAGAUUGAAACAAAUCCCUCCCACCACUGAAAAAAAAGAGAAAGAACAAAAGGACAGCCAGGGGCAGAGCAGAGGCACACCUGAGCCCUGACCCCAGUGGCUGGCUGCUGUCCCCGCCUUGCCUUCAUGGGAUGUGGAAAUACUGCCAAGCGAAGAAAGAGGAAGCCCGCUGCUGACAGUCUGCUUCUCUGAUAGAACAGGGUCCUCUGCCUACAGACGCCAUCAUGGAAGACCACGAGAUACUCUUUUUUUCUUUCAGCCGCCAGGAAGCUUCAUAGGAACGGCCUGGGGAAGGGAAGGCCUGCAGGCUGACUCCGUUGCUUUGCCGGUUGAUGCGGGGUGUUCUGUACCGCCCUUACCCGCACACACCUCUGUUGGCCGUCCCUCGGGCAUUCAGGAAAGUUUCUGCCCUCUCUCACCUCAUGGAGACGGAGGGUCUCCAGCCUUGAAGUUGCUGCCUUUCUGGUGGUGCGGACCAGCUGAUUUUCUGCUUCAGGCAGCUCAGGGCAGUGGCUCGUGCCCGCUGUAGUAUAGAGCUGGGCAGGCGCGUUGUCAGCGGACCCUUGCUCUGACCUCCUGGUUGGGCUCAUCUCUAAGAACAGGUCUUCUGGCUUCGGUAGAGUUGCCUUGCGGAGAGGAGGAAAAGUGAAUCAUGGCAAGCUUGAGAGAAAGGAUAGAAGCCCCAGGCUGUGAUCUUAGCUCAAAAGUGAUCAAUAAAAACUCUAGGUUUUUUUUUAACUUCCUUCCUCUCCUUAAAGCAUAGGUCAUUAACUAUAAUGUUGCUUGUUUUCUAAGCAGUGCGUGAGUUUUUCAUGUAGUUAAAGGUUCCUUCGUUAUCUAAUGGGCACAGUAUGCCCUUCUGUGCCCUUCUGGUGUAGACUCAGAUCCAGCAUCUGUUGGUGUUUAGAGACCGCUGCUGGACUGGAAUGAAAUCUAAUUUCAGGGAAAUGAAGAUGAAAUUCGAAGGUCACAUUUUAAAAUGAAGUCACGGGUGCCGCUGCUGUUUGUCUUGAAGUCUGACAGAGGGACCCAGGUCCGUGGCAGAGGGAGGUGGGGAGGGCUGAGGGGGAGUCAAAUCAUGUGAUACACUGAAGAGACAUUUGGUUUUUCUUCUAACUCAAAACUGGCUUGGGAAGUCUUUGCUUUGGAGGUGUCCGAGAUUAGAGCUGGUGGCACUGGACUGUUGAUAACAGCCCUGGGUGAGAGGGCCCCUGAGGAAGCAGGACGUCCACGUCCGGCGCGGUCUCUGGCGCCGGUGCUUCCCACCAUCGGAGGAGGACGGUCCUUAUCGGUUCCCCUUUUCCUUCAGUGGCCCGUGUCCGGACUGGAGUUGGAAGGUUUCCGGAUUAAUGUUCCCUUUCUGGGCAGAUCCAUCCCCACUUCAAAGCUGAGAGACCAUUUAUAGCAGGAACUACUUAUGAGGCUUUAACUGAAGCCAUGGUGGCAGGAGAGUUGCUAUUUAAUAUUAACAGUCAGGGAAACUACCUUUUGAGGGUUUUUUUUAAUGUGGUCCCCCCCCACCAAAAGCACUCCUUUAAACAAGCAAAACACAAAAAGAAAAAGCUCCCACACAAAGGGAGGAGAAAUGGGGGCUCGUUAGAAGCAAUCCUGUCCUCCCUCCGUCCCCACCCUCCCACCUCCUGCCAAAGCAAACCAUGGCCUCACAGCCCACACAGGGCCAGCGCCCACAGCCGCCUCACCGCUGCGCCGGCCUGGGAGUCAGCCAGCUCUCAGGCCGCGCUGGGCACGGCCGGCCAGCCGUGCACACAGCCAGGCGCGCAGGGAAGGGCUGUUGCUGGCAGCGGGGUGGGCACCCAAAUCCUAGCCCAUCGUUAGACGCUCAAGCCAUCACUGUGAGGGCAAGGAAAGGGAUUUCUCCCGGCUAAGAAACCACUGUUGCUUUACAUUUUUUCCCCCUUCAGCCGCGUUGAACUUCCGCAGCUACUCCAUAUUUUCAGUGGGGCUUUUCAGCUCUUUAAGAUGAAGGAAUAAGUCAAAUGAUUGUGAAAGAUCUUCAGGGGUCUAAAAAUGACUUCUCCUGGCGCAUAUUUCAAAGCAAAGACUUGUUGCCUGCUGCUUGUUGUGAUUUACAGGGAUAUUUAAUUUUUUAAGGUAUUUGUAUAUUUAUACAGCUGUAACGAAUUGCACAUUGGCUUGGGGAAGAACGGAUGGCCCAGUGCGGGGCAGCUCUGGUACGCUCCCGUUUCCUCGCGCUGUGUCCCCGCGGGUCCUCCAGGACGGGGCAGGGCUGGUCGGUCUGCUAGACUUGGGUCCUUCAUUUUUGCUUUAGGUUCCCUUUCUGAAAUGUGAUUAUUAACCUGCUCCUUACAAAGAAGACACUAAUGCUGCUGCUGCUCUCAGAAGGUUUGCCGAAUGUACUUGCCAGAGGCCUUGGACUUGUGUGCACGGGGGCUGUCCCCUGUGGCCGGCGACACCCACCCCGCCUGCGGCCAGACCGUGACUGUGUGCCGGGGAUGGACUGAGUGUGUGUCCGUAGGAAACGGAAAUCUCAGCUGAGAGAUGAUCUGCGGUAGUUCAAAAGGCCAUUUAUGAAAUUCGGAUUUGAGCCCCAUAAUCUUAGGAAAGCUUCUGAUCAUUUAAAGGAAAGAAUGAGAGUUGAUGCAAAUGUCCUGUUAAAAGCUGUGCUCAGAGAGUCCGAGCUGAGGUUGGUCUCCUGCCAGACCCCGGCUGCUGCAUGUCGUCUUCAUGUCUUCAAGUUCCCUUUCUCCAGGCUGCACAUUCUGGCAUCGGCUUGUCCGAGGACUCUACCGGCCCUCUCGCGUGCAAGGUGCCCCCCGUCGGGAUUUCGGGUCUCUCCUCACCAUCCGCGUGCGCUGCCACGGAAGCCGUGGAGCACACGUGGCCUUUCUGAACCAAGACUUUGCAAACUCAUCUCUCCCCAGUAAGGAGUUGAGCACAUUAGCAACAAUGUACAUUAUUAAUUUCAGAUUUUCAUUUUCAUGUUUUAUUAUGGAAAUAUUAUCUGAUGUUUGGAGCUUGAGUAUACAGAAUGUAAAUAUAGUUCUUGUAUUUGUACUAAUUCUGGUUCUUUUGCUGUAUAGCCUUAGAUGUGCAAUGCGGACAUUAUCUAACUGUGUAUGGUAACCUUGCAUCACGGAACUCUUAGUGAACGAGGUAGACAUAAUAAAGGUACAACCAGUGCAUCAGAA